CCGUCCCGGGGGUCCUCGCGAAUGACGUCGCAACCAAGGCACAGAUGGCAUUCGGUGUCUACGUGUCUACGGUCAGAUGAUCCCGAGUUGCAUCUUCUCGCUAUAGCAAGUGAUUAAGCGAAAGGUCACACACGCGGGUCGUAUGGUAGACGCAGGAAAGAACAUAAUAGACACAUCGGAAGUGAGGCGUAAGUGGCCUCACGAAUGUUGCCACGACAUGAAGUGACAUCACACCGUUUCGUGAUGCGAUAAGCGGGAAGUGGAGUGGAGUAAGCUAUAAAUAGAACAAAAGUAGCGCACUAUGCAGCUUAAUGGCUGCCGUACACGCACACACACACACCGCUAUGCUGCUACAGUUCCUGCGUGUGUAAUAUAUCGCGUCCGUUUUAGAGGAUUGUUUUUGAAUUGGAUCUCGUUUUUUCAACAUCUGUGAUUCCUUCUUUACCCAUGCCCAACCACAAGGUGCAACUGAUAACGCCUUGUUUGGGUUCGCCCUAUUUUUUUUCUCACCCUCGAAACGCCGAAUAAAUAAACAAUCAUUGAUAUCGACCAAAUGGCCGCCGCGAUUCGAUGACGAAUCUCCCACAAACGGGUUCGCUAGAGUACACGCGCGUGUGUCAUGGUUUGUUUAUGUGGACGGGCAGAAGCGCAGGUAUCACGCACUGAUCACGCGUCGGUACCUUGGAUCACCUCGAACCGAGCGUCACCUUCUGUGGCGGCGAUGGCGCCGAUUGAACCACUAUUUCCGUCCGUGUGCGUUUGUGCCGGACGGUACAAUGUGCAUCACCGCCGGUGUGCAGUGGCUUCAAACCGUUGCCACGUUGUUUGGUUAGUCACCGGACGCCAUUACCAUUACGGUAAGUUCCCGUACCCGUAUGGUAAGCAGGGUUAGGUUACAGAUCAGUCGGAGCGGUAGAGCAGACAACCUUUUCGGUUGCAUUUUAAGCACACAAAAUCUGUUAAUGUGUCUUGUCUACAUGGAACGGGUUAAAAAUAAACUGGUAGAGCAUCGAGAUCGGUGGGGAAAUAUAACCGUCUCCAAGCAAACUUCGGACUGGCUAUAAAUACUGACCAAAUAUUUUUGGUAAAUAAUAAUAGUGGUGCAGUUUAGGAAUCGCUUUGAUAUCGGUGUGCUUGGCAAGAAGCUUUGGAGUUCUAGGAUCUUUGUGUGCUUGUCGAGAAGUCCCUCAGAACUCCAAAGCUUAUUAAGGGACCUGUUGUUAACAUUUACUCUUUAUUUUCAAAUAACAAUCAAUUAAAUGUUCUCAUGGUUGUUCAGAAUGUGUAAAUAUGAUCGGACACAAAAAUAGCUAGCGCCAUUACAACAAUUCUGAGAGCAGACCCCACAGUCUUCAUCACAGACAGUUUGUCCCGGUGAUGGACAACAUCAGUGCCAGUGUGUGGUGAUCUUCUUCCGACAAAACACUUCGGAAGUAGAAUCGUACCGGCAGAUGAUCUACAACAGUACAAGGACUCGCGCAGAACGCGGGAACAGGUCCAUAACCGCAAAAAACCUUGAGAUGAUCGGUGGCAGGAACGAUCGUAUAGAGCGUCGAUAAACACCCGAGGAGAUCAUCAACCGACCCACCAUAGGUUGCAUUUCUCUGCUGAUACUCAUAAUAUUUCCCGCUGUAUCAACGCAGCGAAAAUCUACUUCCUUCCUUGGAGACCCCUUCGCUGUACGGCCCGCUUCAAGGCUACACCCGUUUUGAGGUCACGCUGUUGACACAAAGAUCUUGUUUACAUACACACGAUCGUGUGGCGCGUUUCGAUUCGAACAUUGUUUUGCUCCACCAACACCACACAGUUAAGGAUGGACUGUGCUAAGGGAGGUUUUUGUUUUUGUGUCCAUCGGCCAAAACAAAAGAAGAAACAAUUUCAGACUCUUGCGGCUUAGAUAAGAAUCGGGUCUGUUUGCUGGUGGUAACGGUUGGAGAUAGUUUUGUUUUUUUUUUUUUUUGGUACCAUUAUCGUACCAUUGUGAGGACACAAGAUGAGAUAAAUGUGUAUUGAUGGUUGAGUAAACAACCUGCAACCUGCAGACUGUUAUCUAGAAGUGCCGGUAGGUAGGUGAUUGGGUUGGCAAUCAGUUGCAAUUUGGAGUGGUUUUUACAGGGGUCCUAAUUAUUGGAAGUCCUCCAACACAGCACUCCUGAUGUAAUAAUAAUUCUCAUCACCUCAUUCAUCUCACUCGACUGGUUAACGAUCAUGCCGCGGGCAGCUGUCAGGUUCGUCUGCUUCCGGUGCACUUCGGUAAAACCUAAUAAUAAACCUCUGUGUACUGGUCUAAUCAUAUUUACGACUCGCCGGACCUACUUACACCUUCAGCGUGGCGCACGCGUUCUCCUGAUGACGAUGGUUUGCAUCACGGUGUCAAGAGGUGAUCAUCGAUGAAUCGAUUAUCUACCCGCGGGUGCCCUGAUUGCAGGUAGCCUCAGUAAGCAUGAUAACACCCACACGGGUUCAAACUUCAAACACGCUAAAAUUCGGUUCCAUUAAGUGCUUUUCGAGCGUGGAAGCAUAGCCUGAUUUUUAUUGCUAAUAUUCUGGGGCUAGGUAAUCAAAUUGAAGUGGCUGUUAAACAAUUCAUCCUGAGGUACUAAUAGGUCAGUUAGCCUCGAACCGGGGGUGAUAAUGGAUGGGUGAUAAAAGCAAGCCACGUACUGACUGGAUGGUCUGAGAUUAGACAAAAUUAAGUACAUCUCACAAGCACUUCCGUACUGUGCACUCUAAACUGCAUGCUCGAGCAGCACGAUCAAGCAAGAUGCAUCACUGCAUGUCCACCGAAAAGAUCUGACCGAUUGACACCAAUCAGAUUCGCAAACCAGCGUCAACAAUCUGUACGUCCCGCGGUGUCCACCAGCAAAUUGACUCUAAUUGGAUCGUCUAGCGGAUUGUGGGGGGGUUGUAUGUUGUUGCUCCGAAAGACUCAGACUGCGUGGGACCGUGGUCCCCACGGUGGACCACAGAGCGGUAGCGUCUGUUGUUAUUAGCAUGGCGCCCAUUGUACCGGGAGAAAUUCCUUCUGUUACGUAUGCCUCACUCGCCAACCCGGACAUUGGUGACGCGUGAUGGAAAAAAAACCUUGGUGCGCCAGUAAUUCGAAGCCGUAAACAAGCCGUCUUGAUUAUGGACGAUCACGCCUGGUAGAAAUUGAAGGUUGUUUUUAUUUUACGGUGUGACAUUAAAAGGCGAUACAAAAAAAAACAAAGUAGGCUCUCAGCCUGCUUAGCAACAGGGAUAGAGUUCUUGGAUGUGUUCAUCAUUCUCAUAAAAGUUGUGAUGAAGAAGGCACCAUCAACAUCAGAAGCGAGAUCGAAUAGCUCGCUGUAAAGUGACCGUGUUUUUUUUGCGAUAUCUUGCAAGAAGACACGCACAAUCAGCUGUGCAUCGUGGGAAGAAAGUGUGGCCAACAGCUUCCUACGCUCCCUUGUAGGAAUCGGACGAGUUUUGCGGUACCGGGAUCCCCUCGCACUGGUAGGCAGGCAGAGUAGGCCUCGAAGACUUUGACCUCUACUGCAAGCCGCAAGUCGACGUCUUCGUUUUGGGGCAUGUAUCUUCGCUUGCUCCAACUGUGUGUGCUCACACGCGCACAUCCAUACACACCGGGGGACUCUUGUUUUCCGCCCCGGUUCGUGGCAAAUCCAAAACAAGCACCCUCGCACACACACACGCACGCAGUCCUCCCCCAAUAUCUCGCUCCAACCCGGGCCCCCUUUUUCGAGUCCCCUACAACUCGCUGAUCACUCGGUCGCCGCAUGAUCAGGGGCUUGAAGGCGCGCGUGCGCGCCCAUUUGUACGUUUGUGUGUGUGUUUGUAUGUUGACAUCGGCGGUGUACGUGCAAAACAAAGAAAACUACUCCCCCCCCCCCCCCCCCGCCCGAUAUAUCCACCGAGGGGAAACCGGACAAUCUACAAGGAACAAUCGCCAAUAAACGCAUGGGCGAUGGUGACAUUAUACAUUAUGCAUUCGGCGCUUAAGAAAUGCAUUUAUGCUCUGGCUGAAAAUGAAAACGAAAGGGUUUCCCCGAACAGUGAGAGCCCUAAUGCCGGAACGAGAGCGAGAGUGCGAAUGAUGGCGAAGGAUGGAAAGAGAUGGACGGAGAAAAUCGCAUAAACGCAGGCGCACGCACACCAUCGUCGACGCGAUAUACCGGUUUCCCGCGGGAUGUGCGUGUGUAGUGGUGUGCCCAUCGCCACAUCGUGCUUCGAGCGUGCGUGUGUGUGUGUGUGUGUGUCGAGGGCAAAUAAAAAUAUCAUUAUUUUAUGAAAACACACCCCAUAAACACGAUCAGGGUACGGUCAUUCGUUCGACGGCAAGCAUCGAGUUAAGUCGCCCGUACUGUAAUUUCUCCGUUCCGUUUGAUUCUAGCGCUUGGUUCUAGAUAGAUUUUGAGUGGAGAAGCAGCCAUUACGUGCGCCAGUAAAAUCGUGUGUUCAUCGUUCGCCAGGAAAAAAGAAAACUUUUGCCGUGAAAACUGGCCCCUUACGGCAUAGCUUGAAGACAGGAAAAUAAUAGACAAAGUUUAGAAAAAAAAGUGAUAAGAAAGAGAAGCAAGUUGACAAAAGUGAAACUUUUCCACAAAAAAAAGGAAAACAAUCAUUACGCAAAUAAUACGCAAAACGAAAGCAACAUAAAAACAACAUAAACACGCAUAAUUGCGCGUGUGUGAACGUGUGUGCGUGUGCUUUUUUCCCCUGCUUUGCGCGUGUAUCUGUGGGUCUGUGUGUGCGUUGUCUCUGAACUGUGACGAAUUUUUGUACAAAAAAAAACAACCCUCUGGGAGUCGCUUCAAGGACAAUCGGAACAUAUCGCGAAGGAACGUGGAACCGCACCGAAAAACUGCUUUACAGCGAAAACAAUAAGUUAGAAAAAUCUCCUUUAAAAACGGAGAGUUUAAAGAAGCUUUUUUGAGGCUAAAAGUGAUUUAAAGUGCGUGUGAAAUUAUCAUCAAAAAAAAAAAAACAAAAGGCAGCAAAAGUGUCACCCGCAAUCGUACAGUAUGGCAGUGCAAGUGGAUAAUUUGUUACUAUCAGAUAUUGGCCGUUCAAUAUCGUUGGACACCGCGCAACGCCUCAGAAACGCCGCCAUGAGUAAGCUAAUCCGCCAGGUGUCGAUCGAAACACCGGCACCGAAGCUGAAGGACUGCGUGCUGAACCUGGUCGUACCGGUCCCGGACACACCGGUGCAGGGUGCCCGUAUUCUCGUAGUGUAUGCCGGUGCCUGCUACCGCAAGAACCAGUCCACAUCGAUCUCCUCCAUCAGUAGCCAGCUGUCGGACACUGGGGACAUUACGACGUCCCUCCAUCUGCUCGCAAAGCAGAUGCAGAGCGGCAGCUUCACCAGCAUCAGCGAGGAAGGUCCAGACAGUGCACCGCCCCAGCAUCAUCAGACUUCCGUGGCCAUCCAGCACAAUCCGCAAGCACAUCAGGGCGUCCGGGAUGGGGCACUGUUUCCCGGGUUUGAAGUGGCCGGCGUUAUCGAGUCACUUGGCAGCGAACUCAAACCAGACUGUGGCUUCAAGGUGGGCCAGCGAGUGAUCCUGUACCCGUACGAGGGCGUUCCACACGGGUACUCCGAGCUGAUGGUGGUGCCGGACCUGAAGUAUCUGAUCCCGAUUCCGGACGAGCUGUCGCUGAGUGUGGCCGCCACAUUGCCGACCGGUGCACUACUCGCCCAGAGUGCUAUCAUUGCCGCGCACAAGAUUGUCGACGACCUGCUCAAAUCGCGCCCAGGCGAGAAGGUGAAGAUUCUGAUCGUUGGCACCGGUGGAUUGGCACUGUGGGCGGUGAGGAUUGCGGCUCAACACUUUUACACACCGGCCACGAAGGAUAAGAUACAGAUCACUGUUGCAAGCCUGCGAGAUGAAGGAUUCCUGGUGGCGAAGAAGUGUGAACGGGUAAACAUCGUCCAGUGGAAUGAGGAUCUAUAUGAGAAGCAGCUGAUCGAACGUACGCACGACGCCUGCGACGGUUUGGUGGAUAUCGUGAUUGACUUCGGCACGACAUCGCGCAGCUUGCACCGGUCGAUGCAGUGCCUAACCAAGGGUGGCCACAUCUUCAUCAGUGACGAGGUGGCGGAGAAGUUGUUGCCCAAGUUUAGCAAGCGUGCCGAGGAGCGCGGCCAAACGAUUGAAGCCGUACCGACCGGCACGAUCGAGCAGCUGCAUCAGCUGGUGAAGCUAGUUUCUUCCAAUGAGAUCGAACCACCGCCACACUCAGUAUUUCCCUCGGAUCAGGCCGCCGAUGUGGUGCGCAAGCUGGCCAGCUCGGAGAUACCCGGACGUGCCAUCCUGAAAUUCCAUGAUAUCGAGUAAGCACCCGUGCUCCAUCCCAACGUUAACUGACGGGGAUCAGGAUCUACACAUCACGCAUAUAGUUUCCCGCCAACCCGCCAACCACGAAACCCCCCCCUCCAACUUCAACAGCGAUCGGAAUCGCGUUCCCCAGGAUCAGGAUCAGGAGUUUCUUUACCUUCCCCCUCGCGGUUCUCGUUACAUCCUCCCUAUCCCUCAUAUCUUCCGCCAUGGAGUUUAUCUUUUAGUUUGUAAGCAAGGAAGCAAAAUGGAGGAAAAAAAAAGAUUGUAGGGUGCAAAGAGUACAGAAGGAACUCCAGUCAGGAUGCGACAUACUAAUUGGACAGAGAUGGGGUGGGGAAACAAAAUUAAAGUAGCUAAAGGAAGCGAAAGGGAAGAACUAACUCUAACCUCUAUCAGUGUGUAACGCCUAAACUAAAACGGCAAAGACUAAAAGCCAUUGAAUGUAAACAAUAGAAUCGUGUAACCUGAGUGCUGUGACAUGAUGCAACGGCGUACGGAUGGCGUGUCUGCUGUGUGCGUACGUUUUCGGUGGUUUGCUGUGUGUUUGUGUCCCACCUCAUGUUUGAUAAACCACACACCGAACCACAACGCACAUCGAACGCGCGCGCGCGCGCAUUAGUUCUAGCGCCAUGUUGUUUUUUUCGAAUUUGUCCCCUUUAAUGUGCGCCAACAUUGUUGUGAGGUUAAGUUUACCAUUUUGUUUUAAGGAUGAAGAUGGAUUUCUCUUUUUUUAAAUUUUAUUCCUCCUAGGAACGUGUUGGAAAAGAUUUUUCUAUAGGGGGUUUCUCUUUUGAUUUUUUUUAUUUUCUCUUAAAAGAAAAUAACUAUUAGACCUUCUCUUGUUCUCGUACUAAUUUAAAUGUGAUUUAUAAAAGGUAUGGAAGUUGUUCACAAAAGAAAAGAAAAAUAACAAACAAACUUCUUAAGCAAAAAGGGAGAAAAACAGGAGGAAAAAGAAAGAAAAACACAUCAGCAGAAAGCGAAGAAAGUAUGAACCUACAUUGGAGAAAAGUGUUAAAAGCUUAAGUAAAACAAAACAAUACAUAAAACACACACACAAACACACAAAAAUGUCGAUGAGAGAAAAUGAUGCGAGUCAUGUUUAAUGGUAGCACAGCAAAAAAAGAAACACACACUAAGUUGUGAAAGGACUAAGAAAUGCAUGAUAGUUAUGCUAUAGUAGAAAAAAAGGGACACAGGAAAGAGGAGAAACGAAAGAGGACAGAAAGGUGUAUAUGGAUGGUUGGUGACCGGUUGUUUUACAUCUCACACAAACACACACAUACACACAUAUAUACACCUUAACACAUGCAGUCUCGUGCAGUUUCUCUCUUCACUUUCCCUGUUUCCCUUUUUUUUUCGGUUUAGUGUUUAGUUGAUAACUUAAUAGUUUGUAAAAGUGCGUAAACCACAAGUAGCGAACGCAACAGCGGAAACAACUAAACGGUUUGGGGGGAUGGGGAAGGAUGCUUAAACUGAACCCUAACCCUACUCCCCAUAAAACACAAACCAACACACACCCACACAGACAGUCAUGUGAGUGAAUCAAUGCAAAAAGUGUAUUAUUGGUAAUGAGUUAAAGGUCAAAACAGAAAAUAAACGAACUGUAUAGGAGUUACAAGACAAAUGUAAAAAA